AUUGGUUAACUUAUUGAAUGACUUUUGUUUAAAUUAGUAACAGUUUAGUGCGCCCACACACACACACGCACGCACACGUACACACAUACACAACAACAACAACAACAACAAAUUCGCUAUCAACCUUUGCAAGAUUUCUGAGUUAAUCACUAUGAGAUGAAUGGAAUAAAAUCUUAUAUGAAUUGAAUCUUUGAAUGGAACAUAAUAAACGACCUAUUUACUAUCUAAACCAUUAUUAUUAUCAGUUGUAGUACAUUGUAUACAAAUUACAUUAAAUACAACAUAAUCUUACAUGUUACUAUUAUUAUUAAUCAUGGACUAUGAAUGGAUUUUAUGUUAAUAAACGUUUUAAUUCAUAAACAAAACAAACGGAUUUAUGAUUUAUUGAAAUUGAUGAUUCUUUAUACAAGUCUUUAAAAAAAUGUUUAGCCAUUAAGUAAUCUGAAUACCACACACACACACACACACACACACACACAAAGAGAACGAGAGAGAGAGAGUGUGAGAGAAAAGGAGGUUAUUGCAGAGAAUCCACUUUCAACUCCACCAAAAACUUCCAACUAUAUAUAAUGCAACUAUCAAUUUGGAUUGAUUUUUAUCACUAUAUUUAUAUAUUAUUUAUUCUAACCAUUCUAUUUACAAUUCAUCAUUCAAAUCAAUUAAUGUAUAAUAUUAAUGCUCAACCAACACGUAUUAUACGUAUUAAAGAGAAUACACCAAUUGGUACUGUAAUUAUACCAAAUAUAAUUGAUUUUUUAUAUGGACAAAAUUAUUCACCAAUGGAAUAUUAUGAACAAAAAAAUAAAAAAAAUGAGAAAAAUAUUGAUUAUUUAUUAGCGAUUGGUAAUUCAGUAAUGCAAGGUGCUAAUUGGUUUGCUAUAGAUAAUCAUAAAUAUAGUUUAUAUAUAAAAAUAUCACCAGAUCGUGAUUUAUUAUGUCCAAAUAAUCAAAAAUUACCAGAAACAGCUGUAUCUAUUGCAAAUGGUGGAAUUGAAUUUCCAGAAUAUAAUUUAAAUCUUGGAUCCAAUUAUAAUUUACAAAUCAAUAAUAAUAAUAAUAAUAAUAAUAUUGAUAAUAAUGAUUGUAUAAUAAAAUUAUCAAUUAUACAUGGUUCAUCAGCAAAUCCAUCAUUUGAUUUUAUUACAAUCAUAUUAGAAGAUAUAAAUGAUCAUGCACCAAGUUUUAAAGAGAUUCAAACUAAUUUAGAUAGUAAAACAAAUGAAUUUGUUAUUAGUGUACCAGAAACAUCAAAUUUAAUUGAUAAAAAAGAUGAUAUAUCAAAUAUAAAACAUAGAAUUGAGUAUAAACCAGUAAGAAUUUUAUUACCAACAGCUAUAGAUCCAGAUCAAGGAGUAAAUAGUAUUAAAGGUUAUAGAUUAGAAGGUGAAGAUGCUUUACAUUUUCGACUUGAAGUAGGUCCAUUAAUAAAUAAUGAUUUAAAUUAUCGAAUUCAUAAAGAAUUUCAACAAGUUGGAUUAUUUCAAGAUCAUAAAUCGAAUCGAUUAUGGUUAGUACCAAUUAGAAAUAAUGGUGGAACAACAGAUACUAUAAAUAAUGGUGAAUUAGAUAAAGAACAAAGAAGUGAAUAUCAUUUUAUUUUAGUUGCUUAUGAUGGUGGUUCACCAUCAAGAAUAGGUAAACUUCCUAUUCGAUUAAUGAUUGAAGAUAUUAAUGAUCAUUCACCAGAAUUUAAUCAAGAAUUUUAUACCGGAAAAAUAUCAGAAAAUGAUCCUGGUGGUCAUAUAAUAUUUGAAUUUUCUGCAAGAGAUAGAGAUAAUACAAAAGAGAAUGGUAUUAUAAAAUUUCGUAUCCCUGGUCAAAUGGAUCAUAAUAUAAAUCAAAAUGAAAUUACUGGUCAAAGAGAUAGAAUUAGUUUAACCGAUAGUCAAUUAAUUGCUGCAGAAUUAUUUUCUAUAGAAUAUCCAUAUGAGAAAUCAAAUGAUUUAAUAAAUCUACAAGAAACUUUUUAUAAUAGUACUGUUUAUGGUCGACUUAUUAUUAAACGUCAAUCCAAAGAGAAAAUUCAACAAGCUACAUCGAAAGCUAUUUCAAUUGCUCGACAUAAUCAAAUGAUUAUCGGAUCAAAAUUAGGAUCUAAUUUUCCAUUAAAUCAUCAAUUAAAUAAUAAUAAUAAUCAUAAUGACUUACUAUCUAAUAAUGAUCAAUUACAUUUUUUUAUAGAAGCAUAUGAUAAUGGUAUAACUCCAUUAGUAACUAAAGUACCAGUAAUUAUUCAUAUUAUUGAUGUAAAUGAUCAUCCACCAGAAAUAUUUAUAUCUUAUCUUAAACCUACACAAUCUACAAUAAAUCAAUUAAAUAUAUAUCAUACAGAUAGACGACAUAUAUGGGGUAAAAUAACUGAAAAUUUAGAAAGAUCAAUUAUAGCACAAAUUACUGUGAUUGAUCAAGAUUCAACAUUAAUACAAUCUGAUAUUAUAUGUAAAACAAAUGAUAGUCGAUUUUUAUUAGAAGAAAUCAAUAAUCAUUUAGAUCGAUUUAAUGAUUUUUCAUUAUAUUGGCCUAGUAACAAUUUAUAUAAUAAUAAUAAUAAUAAUAAUAAUAUUGAUUUAAAAUCUCAUUUCAUUGAAUGGAAUAAUCAUAAUAAACCAUUAACAAAAAUAUAUAAAUUAAUGUCAAUUUCUUCAUUAGAUAGAGAAUUUAGUGAUAUACAACCAUCAUUUAUAAAAUUUUCAAUUAUUUGUAUUGAUAAUCAACAUAAUGAAUUACCAGGUGGUUCAUUAACAUCACAAUCGGAUAUAUUAAUUGAAAUAGAAGAUAUAAAUGAUAAUUCACCUAUAUUUGAUUAUAAUGAAUAUACAUUUCAUUUACCAGAAAAUUAUCCAAAAAUCAAAUUAGAACAUACUAUUCAUUUAUCUAAUAUUGAACAUUAUCUUAUUGGAAUAGUACAUGCAACUGAUAAAGAUGAAGGAAUUCAUGGAAAUAUUAAUUAUAAAUUAAUUUCUAAUCCAAGUGAUUCAAUACAAAUAGAUAAAUUGAGUGGAAUGAUUUAUGCUAUUCAACCAUUUGAUCGUGAAACUAUAAAUGAAUUAGUAUUUCAGGUAUAUGCAAUAGAUUGUACAUCAUCAAAUGGAACUAAUGAUCAACAAUGUGAUGAUUCAUUGAGAUUAACAGGAACUGCUAAUGUUCGUAUAAUUAUUGAUGAUUUGAAUGAUUCUCCUCCGAUUUUUCAAGAAGCCAAUUAUCAUUUUGAAGUUGAAGAAGGAUUAGAUCUUGUUAAAGUUGGACAAGUAUGGGCUGUUGAUGCUGAUCAAGAAGAAGCUGCACGUAUUUCUUAUCGUCUAGCAGUUGGAAUUAAUAAUCGAAUUAAAGAACCAAUAAAUGAUGGAAAUUUUGCAGAACAAGUUACAAAGUCCUCCAACAAUCAGAAUCUUUAUGAUGAAGCACUUGAGAUUACCACUCAUUUCCAAAUUGAUCCAAGAAGUGGGAUUAUUCACCUAAAGGGAAGACUAGAUCGUGAAAGACGUGCACACUAUGAAUUUGUAGUUCUAGCGUUGGAUAACCCUAGGUCCAUACCGACUAAAAUAGCUGGAUACCAAAGACAAACAACAAAUGAAGUCAUUCAAUUCACAGCAACGGCAACAGUUCUAAUAACUGUGUUAGACCACAAUGAUAAUCCACCUAGAAUACUCAGUCCAUUGAAUCAUGUAGAGUUUAUGCUAAGCCCAGAUCAGCUAAUUGCUGGAAAUACGAUAUUUACAAUACGUGCGACCGAUCCAGAUUUAGGUGAAAAUGGUACGAUUGAAUACAAAUUACUUCAGGUAGAAGAUGACCUAGGUUCAUGGAAUUUCGCAGAAUCUGUUCAAAGGAAUAGUCAAGUAAAUCAUAGAAAUACUACAGAUACGAAUUCACAAAUGAACCAUGAAAGUAAAUCUUCAAAUGUUGACUAUCCGUUCGCUGUAGAUCGAACUGCAGGCAUUUGUUAUCUUCGCGAGAAUCUACCACCGUUAAAUGUUGAUGGUCCUAGAGCUUAUAUGCUACGUAUAUUAGCCUAUGAUUUAGGAAAACCUGACAGUUUAAACACAACUCUGGUUAUUCGUGUGGCUCGUCAAGUAGGAUCAAAUGGAGAUAUCUCAAAUGGAAUAUUAUACUCAAAUAGAAUUAAUGCUAAAGAAUAUCGACAGACUGGAAGAACAGAAACACAACAAUAUUUAUUUCCAUCAAAUGAGCAUGAUUCUGAAUCCGAUGUUAAAGUUGGAACAUGGACAUCAGCAGGGCAUGCAAGAAUAUCCGAUAAAACAAUGGUUGUUAUUUUAUCAACUGUAUUUGUUUUACUAUUGCUUACAACAAUUGUUCUCCUAUUACUUGUACGCUAUAGACGUCUAUUAAUACGAAAUAUUCCAUUAGAACAAAGUUUAGCAUGUGAUGGUCCUGAUUCGAAAGCAAAUGAAGGUUUUACUGUGGGUAAACCAUUGAGUCCAACUCAAAAUAAUUUGAAUGGUUUCAACGGAUUUUUCACUGAGGUUGUUACAGCUCCUUGGGUUGGUGGUUCAACAUCUCCAGUUGUUUACCCAACUCCAUGUAACUAUCCCACUAUAUACAAUACAGGUGUUAACCGUUCAAGAGGUUGUAUAGCAAAUCCUAAUGCUUGUUGGUCACCUACAACUACUUUAUGUAAAUCACCUAUUUCUAAUCAUGAAAAUCAACGAAAAUGUAUGCAAACACCAACUACAAUGUAUCAUUCAUCACCAUCACAUGGAUUCAGAAUAUUACCAACAUUUGGUGUUACUAGUAAUUGUAUUGGAGUUGGAAAUAAUCGACAAUUUGAUUCCCCUGUUUCAAGUGUAAAUCCAUCAUUCUCUGGACUACCUAAUGGUUAUAUUCUUCAAAAUUAUAGUUUACGAGAUGAUGAUGAUGAUGUUGAUGAUGAUGAUGAAGGUAAUGGAAUAUUUCAUGAUAUAACACCAAAUAAUGAAAUAAAUAAUAAAACUAUUAAAACUAAUGAUGAAAGACAAAAUUUGAAAAAUCCUAAAUCAGAACAAAUUUUUUCAAAAUCAUUAGCUAAUAAUCUUCAUUGUCAAAAUAAAUUACCUGAAACCGAUAUGAUAAGAUCAUUUUCAUCAUUAAAACGAACAGCUAUUAGUCUUGAAGAGCUUAAUGAUUACAAAGAUGAAACAAAUUCUAAAAAUUAUAGUCGUUUAGUACGUUUCCAGUUAGCACAAGGUGAUAUACAUGAAAAUGAUGCUGUGCAUAAUACACCAAUAUCAUCUAGAAAUGAAUAUCAAACUUUAACAUCAUUUCAUCGUGGUGAUGAUGAUAGACAAUUGAAUAAAACUUCACCAUUAUUUUGUAGUUGGAUGAAAUCUGAUCAACAUCAACCGAUUGAAUCAUUCCUAAAUCCAUAUGAUCAAUUAAAUUGUAAAACACAGUUGAAAUCAUCCAAACCAAAUAAUAAUAAUAAUAAUAAUAAUAAUAAUAGUAAUAGUGGGAAACCAAAUCAUACUACUACAACUAAUAAUAAUAAUAAUAGUGGUGGUGGUGGUGGUGGUGGUGGUAGUAAUAGCAACAAUAAUAAUAAUAACAAUGGUAACAUUCAUACUAUAUUCCCAGAUUUUUUUCAAUUACAACCAUUGACACAUUCACAAUUAACUGAUAAUCACAAAACACCAUCAUGUGAGAAUUUAUGCCAAUCGGAUGAUUUUUAUAUGUCAACAAUCAAAUCUAAUAAAAAGUCUAUUAAUAAUAAUGAUAAUAUAUUUGGUAACAGUAAUCAUAAUCAUAAUAAAUUAAUGCCUACAUUGAAUAAAUGUAAUUUAUUAAAUAAUAAUCAUUUAUUAACAAAUUAUCCAACAACAAUUGAAUAUACACAUAAUAUAACAAAUUGUAAUCUUACUACAAAUGAUUUGAAUAAAUCACCUAAUAAAUUAAUGGAAGGAGAGAAAAAAAUGAAAACAACACGUCAAUCAAAAAUGGUUACUUUGAUUUCACCAAAAAAAGAUUCAUCAGUAAUCACUAACAAUAAUAAUAAUAAUAAUAAUAAUAAUAGUAAAGAUAUGAAUGAAAUGCAUAACUUAUAUGAUGAUAAUAAUAAUAAUAAAGGGAAUACUAAUGUAAAUAAAUCUUUAAAUGCUGAAGGUAGUUUUGUUUAAUGUCAUAGUAACAAAAUUAUAAUGAAUUCAUUUAGAUUUAAUCAUUCUCUCUUUCUUUCUUUAUAUAUAUGGAUAAAUAUAAAUAUAAAAUUAUGUAAUUAGAAAUGCAAUUUUUGUAAAGGAAAAAAAGGCAUUUUUUUUCUCUUCAUUUUACAUCCCCACCCCACCCCUCACACACACACACUCACGCACCAAUUUAUACACCUAUUGCAUUUAGCUCAUCUUCCCUCUUUUUUUUCUUUUUUUUUAAAAAAUCGAUUUGAAUUUACACACCUCACCGAUUCAAUGUCCGAUGCGUAAAAUUUUAAAAUUACUUCUCAAUUGUUACUAUAUAUAUUGACUAAAAUGAUUAUAAAGAAAAUUAAAACAGAUUCUAUCGUAAAAGUAGACAUUUCAGUAAUUCCAUUAAGUAACUAUGUACUGGAUAGAAAUCAAAAGUGUUGUUUAUUAUUGUAUUAUAUUGUAUUGAUGAAAUUACCAAUAUAGGAAAGUAUCGUACAAUGCUGGUCUAUGCUCCAUUUGAGGGUAACAGGCCUAGGUAAAGUAAUAUAUACAUAUGUUUUUCUUACUUUUAUUAUUUGUACAGUUAUAAAAAGCACAAAUAUUUAUUUCUUUUACAAGACAAUAUUAUACCGAAAUCAUUUUCUGGUUUUUGUAAAACCUUCAGAACUGUUCUAGUAAUGUAUUCACAGACAUUUCAAUGCUCAUCUUCAAUAUUUUUUACAAGAACUCAUUCAUAACUACAUAUGUCCAUUUAAACAAUAUCGUAAAUGAAUCAACAACGACAACAAAAAUCCUAGAUGAUCUAUGAAAGCUUUUAAUUCUUAUAUAAAAUGAUUCUUUUGUCCUAUUUAAACUUGAAUUCAUUUUGAUUUGGUUAUUUAUUCUUUGAAGAAGUGGCUUACAUUGAGUUACGAAACAUUGGAAAAUUUAAAUUUCUUUUUUUUUACUCAAUUGGAAUAUUAUGAAUAUAUUACUUAAUUAAUAUCUUUAUUGCAUUUAUAAUUUGCAACGUUAACCCUAUUGUUAUUAUUAUUAUUGUUAUGUUCAACCAACACUUGAACUUAACUAUGUUACAUUAUGACGUCGUAAUUAAGAACUGAAGUAUUAUUUAAUACUGUAUAUAUUGUUUAUGAAUAAGAUAUGAGUAAAGUUGUUUUCUUUUUAAGUUUCAUUUGUAAAUAAAAUGUAAAUUGAUUGUAUUUCAGU